CACAUGCAUAGAGCCAAUCAAGGGGCUGGUGUUUUUCUCUGUUGAAGGUGGCACCGAUGCCAUAGAUCCUUCUGUGGCUGUUCACUGACUUCUGGCCAAUGACCUUGAUCCCUUUUCGAGUCAAUGUUUGAUGUUCACAGAGAGCUCUUGUAGUCUGAGCGUCCCCCGAGUCAAUGCUAUCAGCAUCGGAAACACACAUCACCGGAUGUCAGACCAUAACUGGUCACAGCAUUAGCCGGAAAGGGAGCAGAGUCAUUCACCAGGAGUCAGCGAACGGCUGAAGACAGAUCGUGGAGGUUUCAUGCAUCUGAUCCCAAAGCGUGUUCAUCACCCUGACUACAACAAUGAGCUCACCCAGUUCUUACCUCGCACCAUUGUACUGAAGAAACCUCCCGGAGCACAGCUGGGCUUUAACAUCCGUGGGGGCAAAGCGUCACAGUUAGGAAUCUUUAUAUCCAAGGUGGUCCCAGACUCGGACGCCCACAGAGCCGGGCUACAAGAGGGAGACCAGGUUCUGUCUGUGAAUGAGGUUGAUUUCCAAGACAUUGAGCACUCGAGAGCUGUGGAGAUUCUAAAGAGUGCACGAGAAAUACUGAUGAGGGUUCGCUUCUUUCCUUACAACUAUCAAAGGCAGAAGGAGAGGACUGUACACUAGGUGGCAGCAGAAAGAGAGCGAGAGGCGGACAGACAUGUCAUUAUCCCCCUCCCACUGACUCUGGCCUCCAUUCUGUCUCGGCUUCAGGAUGACUGAUGUAUGACUAACAAACCCAUUCUAAGUCGUCCAUGUAAGGACAACAAGAUCUCUCUUUAACGCUCAGAACGGUCUGAUCCACUGUGAUGCACUCACGAUGAUUUCUACUGCAUCAGGACACAUUUACAGGAAGUCAUUUUUCAUAGUCUCUUUGAAUACAGAAUUGUAGAAGAAAGCAGAAGCCUCGAAUACAUAUUGAAUCAUAAAUUAUUGAACUGAUACUUUCAGGCGUAACAUUAAGAGACUGUAAUUUAACAAAUCAACGUUUGCCUUUAUUGGCAAUUUCCUGAAGCCCUCAAAAAUACUUAAAUCACAUUCAGAGUAGCUCUUGUGUACACUGUACACAAUUGCACUGAUCACCCUAACAUAUAGUAGAUAUAUAAUACCAAUAACUGUACGUAAUAAACUGGCAACUGAGUGUGUUUAAAUGUAAGAAAAAAAUGUACAUAUGACUUCAUGAUUUCAGUACACAGCGAAGGUGUUGGUACGACAACAUGGCCUGACAUACUGUAAGAGCACAUGAUGAAUGCACGACAGGUAAUAGAUUUUAAAUAUAACAGAAUACACUGUACAUCCAUUUUAAAACAAUCUAACAAAUAUUUAUAAUUGUGUGGGAAAUAUUAAGUUGUGUAAAUAUAUUUCAAUCACUGCUAUUGUCGACCCAACAUUACUUAAAUACUGCAAUGAAUUAACGUUUUUUGUGUUUCAUACAUUCUAAGUUUAAUUUACACUGCAGGUGGGCUGACUGAUGUGCUCGUUAUUUUAUGUAUUAACUGUUUAUUUGCAAAACUGUUGACAAGUAUCACUUCUAACACGGCACUCCUUCUCCUGUAUCUGCACCAAGGUAUGAUCAAAGGUUCAUGUCUUUGUUACAUGUAAACAUUUGAUCCGGAUAUUUUUGUUUUCAUAUUUCAAUAUAGGGAGUGCACUAAAGAAUUUUUUAUGAUAUGACCUGUCAUCACCUACGUGAGCUGUGUCUACCUGUACUUGACAUUCAUUGGUUUGUAGGUGGUUGUUUCUUUUAUUUCAUUGCCACUGUAAUAUCAUCAUAUCACUACCAGCAUUACCAAAUUCAGGCGGAGUACUCAACACUAGUUCAAAUGCACCAAAUUAAACUCCUCGCCAUUCAAACAUUAUAUUGUAGGAGGCGAGAUCAAUCCUGCGAAAAUUGCAAUUUAAUAUUUGGUCUCCUCCUCCCCCAUGUGGUACCAUGCCUCAUUUUUUUCUUCUUUUUUGUUCUAUUGUUUAAUGCCGUCUCACAUACUGGUCUGAAAACUACGAACUAUCUCAAAAAAGUAUUCACACUGCAAACAAACCAAAUCAUGUUUCAGACCGCGACCACCUCUUUUGGUCAAAUGAAAUUUUGGGUCUGUUGGUCCAGACCGUUGUCCAUGGAAACUUUCACACCUGUUGUUUUGGUUCGGACUAAACUGAAAAGUCCGAAAGUCCAGACCAAACGAGGUAGGCGUGAAAGCGGCCUUAGCAUAUUGGUAAGACCUAUAGUGAUUCUGUGUGUGAUGUAGGUAGGUACAGUAAGUUAAUUUAUUUUAGAACAUUUGCAAACACUGUCAUAUUAUUUUGUUUACCAAUAUAUUUUUUAAGUCUUUUGGUUUUUCAUGAUUUACUUUUUUCCUAAUGGUCCAGAGCUCAUCAUGAAACAAGCUAUAUUUUAUCUUUUUUUUUGUAGAAGAACCUAACAUUGACAAGUAAAAUAAAUAUAAAGUUUUAAACUCUA